AUGACGAUCAUCCAUAAUCCUAAAUGGUGGAAAGAAGCCACCGUCUACCAAAUUUAUCCUGCUAGUUUCAAGGACUCCAACAAUGACGGAUGGGGUGAUUUAGCUGGGAUUACCUCCAAACUUGACUAUGUCAAAGAAUUAGGUGUCGAUGCGAUAUGGGUGUGCCCAUUUUAUGACUCUCCUCAAGAAGAUAUGGGUUACGAUAUUGCCAACUAUGAGAAGGUUUGGCCACGUUACGGUACCAAUGAGGAUUGUUUCCAAAUGAUAGAAGAAGCUCAUAAGAGAGGUAUCAAGGUUAUUGUUGACCUGGUUAUCAACCACUGUUCUGAAGAGCAUGAAUGGUUCAAGGAGAGUAGAUCUUCUAAGGCUAAUCCAAAGCGUGACUGGUUUUUCUGGAGACCUCCAAAGGGUUACGAUGAGAAAGGUAAUCCAAUUCCUCCCAACAAUUGGAGAUCUUUCUUUGGUGGAUCUGCUUGGAGAUAUGACGAAAAAACUGGUGAGUUCUUUCUGCAUGUGUUUGCUCUUGGCCAACCUGAUUUCAAUUGGGAAAAUGAAGAGUGCCGUAAAGCCAUUUAUGACUCCUCAGUGGGCUAUUGGCUACGUCACAACGUUGAUGGCUUUCGUAUUGACGUAGGCAGCAUGUAUUCUAAGGUUGAGGGCCUACCCGAUGCUCCUAUCACUGAUCCUACAGUUCCUUACCAAAAAGGAACUGAAUUUUUCAUAAAUGGGCCACGUAUCCAUGAGUAUCAUAAAGAAAUGCAUAACUACAUGCUCUCGCAAGUUCCAGAGGGUAAAGAAAUCAUGACUGUUGGAGAAGUUGGUAUCGGGAAUGAAGACGACUUCAGAGUUUAUACCAGUGCCAAAGAAGGAGAACUAAAUAUGAUGUUCAACUUCAAGCACACCUCAGUAGGUGAAAACCCAAAAUGCAAGUACGAACUUAUUCCCUUUACUUUAAAAGACUUUAAGCUGGCUCUUGCUGAAAGCUUUCUGUUUAUCGAAAACACAGAUUGCUGGUCGACCAUCUAUUUGGAGAAUCAUGAUCAACCUCGUAGCGUUUCGCGUUUUGGCUCAGAUUCUCCUAAAUGGCGUGAGAUUUCGUCCAAGAUGUUGGCUACUCUCAUCAUUUCAUUGACUGGUACUGUUUUUAUCUACCAAGGACAAGAAUUGGGUAUGCCCAACUUCAAAAACAGAAAAAUUGAGCAAAUCAAAUGCGUUGAAGGUACUGGUACAUAUGCCGCCAUUAAACGUGAUUAUGGUGAAGAUUCUGAAAAGAUGAAAAAGUUUUUUGAAGCAUUAGCUUUGAUCUCUAGAGAUCAUGGGAGAACACCAUUCCCAUGGAGUGCUGAUGAGCCUUCUGCAGGUUUCUCGAAGGAUGCCAAACCAUGGAUUGACAUGAAUGAAUCAUUUAGAGACGGAAUCAACGCAGAAGCUGAGUUAAAAGAUAAAAACUCAGUCUUCUUUUUCUGGAAAAAGGCCUUACAAGUUAGAAAGGAGCACAAAGAUAUCCUUGUUUAUGGACAUAACUUUCAGUUCAUUGAUCUUGAUAAUGACAAGCUAUUCAUGUUUACAAAGGACACAGAUAACAAAAAAAUGUUUGCUGUUUUCAAUUUCAGUAGCGAUAAUACGGACUUUUCAGUUCCUGAUAAUGAGGCCUCCUACACCAUGUUUUUUGGCAACUAUGCAAACUCAAAUGGUGAUUCCCGCACCUUGCAGCCAUGGGAAGGAAGACUUUACUUGUUGAAGUAA